AUGUUGGAAGUGACUAAUCGCGCGAAUGAAUGGCAAGAUGAGAAGCAAGAUGAAGGACAGGUGAAACAUUUUUAUGGUACUGAAGGAUUGAAAAAGAAAAAGAAGCAAAUUUAUGCAAAGAUGAGAGCAAUUGGACGAAUGAAUUGGGCUCUAACUAUGGCGAGGACGUUUGUUAGUUUAUUUAAUGUUAAAUAUUAUUCUAAAUUUGAAUUUCAUUGA